CGGCGAUCCUAUGGUUUGCUCGCACCGGUUUCUCUUUAUUCUUUUCCCCUCCAUCACCAUGUUUUCUGGCUCUGACUUCUAAUCUGUCUUGCACGCUCAAAUUCCCGGGUUUACUAGGAAUUCUUACGUGGCCCUCUAUUCACUGCCCCGAAAUCUCCGAGCUUGAUGAAUGUUUCCCCUCCCCAUACGGGUAGCCAUUGCUUGUGAGGGGUUUCCAUUUCGGGAAACUCAUCUGAUCUAAGUUGUCGUACCUACUCAUUGAAUCACCCUCACUGCGUCGUUGUUGAUAUGUCAGAACUAUACUGUCCUAUUCCGCCCAGGGAUCAGGACAUCUACCGCUUCCGGCAGCAGUUUGGAGCGAACCUGGGAUCUACCUUUGUACUCGGUCCGCACGAUAAUACUGGCGAGUCAAAUGAAUUACAGUUACUGAAAACGUCAUUAGCAUCCACUGGACUCGAGCAAACAAGACAGAAGUGGGAAUCCCACUGGCACUCUGCAUUGACCGACGAUGACCUCGUCUGGCUCAAGGAUGUAGCGCAAUGCAGAACACUCCGUUUACCAUUGAGCUUCUACUCCCUCGGACCCCUGUUCUGUCGGGGAACAGCCUUUGAAGGGGAUCCAUCAGAGGUGUACCACCAUUGCUGGAGUACUGUGAAGCAUCUAAUCGAAAAAUGUUGGUUUCACGGUAUCGGAAUCCUCAUUGAUUUCCAGGCCAGCGCCAGCGGUAUAAACCUCUGUGCCAGUGCGAAAGAUCGGACAAUAGCUCGGGACUGCGUCGCUUUUCUUGCUCAAGAAAUAACCUUCCAUUCUAUGUCCGCGGUGGUCGGACUUUCAGUAUCCUCCGGAUGUGAACCUGCCCCUGACAUGUGCGAAUGCUACGACGAAAUCCUCAAGAUAGCCAAUGCCAUUGACGCAUGUUUGCCUGUAUACAUCGACGACAACCAAGCUCAAUGCAACAAACGAGUCUUCAAGGGCUGCGAAAGCGACAUCCCUCAGUUCAAGAGCGACAUCUCAAUCGGUAAAAUCCAAAUACCUAGCCAAAUGAUGCUACCCGAAACAGAGGUCCGAGAGAAGAUCAACAAAGCCAAAGCCGAACGAUCAGGAUUCCAGGAAAAGGUUUUGUCGCAAGUCUCGGAAUCUUGGGGCUCGAACGAACGUCAAAGCUUCGUCCAUGGCUGGAACCUGGGAUACGAUGAUGCGUUGCGCUUCUUUGGCGCUGCUGUUCAGGGCAUCUUGGCUCCGCGAAAAGGUGCAGACAAGAUCUAUGAUAUAGAGUUGUGGGUCCAGCAGCGCAAAAGAGAUAUAGACCCGGAGCAGCUCGGGGAGAAUUCUGCGGCAUGGGAGGAUGGUCUUCGGAGAGGUAUUCAAGAUUUUUACAACAUCAUCGGAAUUUGAGUCAGUUAAAAGGUAAUUAUCGGUCGGUAACUUAUAGAGAUGAGUCUUUAUAUAAGUCUUUGAUUAAACCGCAAUGAGCGCUAGAGAUGUCUGAGUCACUAGUAGUAUCGGAUGUUAUGCAUUGGCUUUCGGGGACCGUGACGGAAACAUAUUUUGCGAUCAAAGAAAACCUGUUUGUAUCAGACGUUGGGACUAGCUACUAUAUAGCACAUCAAAACGAAGCAGAGAGGGGCAUAUUCUUUCCCGAUUACAAGUUAUAUCAUACUGUAC